AUGUCUGUGGCAUUUUUGGCUGACAAAAAACAAUCUACUAUCCGAGUGGAGGAUCUGCGAGAGGCAGCAGCUGAGCUGAAUAUUAAAAUACCACAUGGCUCAGAUGAGGAAGAUUAUCUUCACCUGCUACAAUCUGCGGAUGCAGUGAUGCGGCAAAUUGAGGCUAGCGAGGACUAUAUCCAUCCGGCUCUCUCCCCGGUGGAAACAACACAUCCUCGGACAUAUUGGCAGCCGGAAAUCAAGGACAACCCUGUGAAUGCCUGGAGGCAUCGCUGUGAGCUGAUGGCUACAUCUCCAACAAGUGAUACCCUCAAAGGAAGAAUGGUCGCGAUAAAAGAUAACAUCUCAAUCGGUGGCUUGCCAACUACCGUCGGCACGUUCACCGAGCUCCUAUGUAAAGACGGAAAUCUUGCUCCGUCCCCCAUUGAUGCCUCUGUCGUGUCAAGGGUACUGGAAUCCGGUGCUACUAUCAAAGGAUCUUCGACAUGCGAAAAUUAUUGCGCAUCGCCACUUUCAUUCAGCGCUGCCACUGGUCCGGUACACAAUGCCUGGAUGUAUAGUUAUACAUCUGGGGGAAGCAGUAGCGGCUCGGCGACACUGGUUGCGGCCACUGCCAUCCACCGUGCAUCAGGCAAGGAUUUUGGCGAAACGGUGGAUCUCGCCAUUGGUGGAGAUCAAGCAGGCUCUGUUAGGAUACCAGCUUCAUAUAGUGGCAUUUAUGGUAUGAAGCCCACCUAUGGGUUAGUGCCAUAUACUGGAGCGGUUCCUCUGGCUCCAAUGAUUGAUCACUUAGGACCACUUGCUACAAGCCUGGAGGAUAUUGCGCUCCUGCUUCAGGUGAUUACAGGAUAUGAUGGCAUUGAUCCUCGCAUGACACCAGAAUCUCCACUCCGAAGCGAAGUCCAAGACUAUCCAAAACUCCUUUCGGAUUUUCGAAGCUCCACGCAGGAAAAAGAGAAGCUAGGCUCUGGUCUGAAGAUUGGGCUGCUCAGGGAAUCUUUCGAAAUUGCUGGGCUAUCCAGUCAGGUCCGAGAUACUGUGUUGGAGACUUCAAGGUCAUUCUUUACAGCAGCGGGUGCGGAGGUGAUAGAUAUAUCUGUGCCCAUGCACUGUGAUGGGAGUCUCAUCUGGACCGCAGCAACGAGAAUGUCGAUGUCUGAAUGGUUAUGCCAAGGCAAAACAUCGGGAUAUCCCUCAUUUCUACCACCACACAUACAAGCCCAAUGGCCUCCUGAUCAAAAGAUGUAUGAAUUUCUCACUGCGACUAACCCGGCUGUCGUGAACAUCAUGCUCAGCGGGCCCUUUCUCAAGAAACAAUUUGGGUCAAGGAUUGAAGCCAAAGCACACAGAAAAGCAUUUGAGCUUCGAGCUGCAUACGACAAAGCCUUCGAAAGAAUCGACAUUCUCGUCACGCCCUGUGCUCCUACGAUUGCUAUGCCGCAUCCAAAGAUGCAAAGUGACGCCGAGGGACCAGCUGCGACGGUCAUGGAGAAACUAUCUCAGGCAGUAGGCGUAACAACCAAUACUGCUCCAUUUAAUGUGACUGGGCAUCCAGCUCUGAAUGUGCCGUGCGGAUUUGGUAGUGCAACCGAUCGACCAGACGUGAAACUGCCCAUAGGCAUGCAGAUUAUUGGGCGACGGUGGGAGGAUGCAUUGGUGCUUAAGGCGGCAGCUGUAUUUGAAGCAGGGAGAGAAUUAGUAAAACAGACCUGA